ACAAGCUCAGCGGUCGGUCCGUUCACUCCUGCGCUGCCCCCACUGCGGUUCCUCCCCUGGCAGCAGAGGACCACACCGACCUGCCCGGCCCGACAAGGACGGAGAAAUGAGCUCGUCCUCCGCCGUUCACAUCGCACUAACGUGAGCGAGUGACGGCUCUUCUUCCCGGACACACGCACACAGACACACACACAAACACAUACACAUACACAUACACAUACACAUACACAGACAGAGGACCCGCACCGGUCUGCUGUUUACAGAUCCUCAGCUCUGUGUCGGACAGUCCCACCCGCAGCCCGGACCAUGGCGGAGAGAAGUGGCCGGUUGAGUUUCCCCGGGAGCGGGGCUCUCAACAGACCGGUCCCUAUGAACCUGUUUGCAACAUGGGAGAUAGAUGGAUCCUCCCCGAACUGCAUCCCGAGAUUGUGCAGUCUGACGUUGAAGAAGCUGGUGGUGAUGAGAGAGCUUGAUAAAGAGCUGAUCUCCGUGGUCAUCGCUGUUAAAAUACAGGGCUCCAAGAGGAUUUUGAGGUCCCAUGAGAUAGUGCUGCCACCCAGUGGGUCUGUGGAGACUGAUCUGGCACUCACCUUUUCACUGCAGUACCCGCACUUCUUAAAACGAGAAGGAAACAAGCUGCAGAUCAUGCUCCAAAGGCGGAAGAGAUACAAGAACCGAACCAUCUUGGGCUACAAAACUCUUGCAGUGGGCUCUAUUGAUAUGACCGAGGUGAUGCAGCACCCGACAGAGGGAGGCCAGGUUCUGCCUCUCUGCAGCAACCAGAAAGACAUGCUGGGUAAAGUGGCAGAGAUCUGGAUCUUUUCCCUGUCCAGUCAGCCAAUAGACCACGAGGAGGCAGCCCUGCAGGGGGGGCAGAAGAUCAAAUGCUCCGAUAACUACUCAGAGGAAGAGUACGAGAGCUUCUCCUCAGAGCAGGAGGCCAGCGAUGACGCCGUGCAGGGACAGGAUCUCGAGGAUGACGAGUACGAUGUGCGAAAGCCAAAGAAGCAGAGGAGGUCGAUCGUAAGGACCGCCUCCAUCACCAGACAGCAGAACUUUAAGCAGCGAGUGGUGGCUCUUCUGAAGCGGUUCAGAGUAUCGGAUGAGGUGCUGGACUCGGAGCAGGACCCUGCGGAGCCGCCUCCUGAGGUGGAGGAAGAGGAUCUGGACCUGGACAGCGUGGAGUUUGAGAACCCCAGCGACAGCGGCCCGGAGCUGGAUGAUGACGACAGCGUUCUCAGCACACCAAAACCCAAACUCAAGCCAUAUUUUGAGGGUCUCUCCCUCUCCAGCUCUCAAACUGAGAUUGGCAGCAUCCACAGCAGCCGGAGCCACCGGGAGCCUCCCAGCCCGAUUGACCCAGAUAAAACUAAAUGCGGUGGAGCCAAGUUUCAGGAUGACAAUGUUUCUGAUAACGUCUCCUUUGAGCAGCCGGAGGCGGUGACUCCGACCACAGAGCUGGAGAUGGACAACAUGGACACGUUUCUAGAGAGACUGCCACCAAGUGGCAAAAUGACCAAGACAGAGUCCUUAAUCAUUUCAUCCAACAGGCAGGAACCGAAGUUGGCAGGGAGGCGAGGCAGGAGCACGUCGUUGAAGGAACGUCAGCCCAGCAGGCCGCAGAACGAGAGGGCCAACAGCCUGGACAACGAGCGGUCCCUGGACACACGCUGCCACCUACAGAUCCCAAGAAAGACUGUAUAUGAUCAACUAAACCACAUCCUGAUAUCUGAUAACCAGCUUCCUGACAGCAUCAUCCUCAUCAACACGUCCGACUGGCAGGGCCAGUAUCUUUCGGAUAUGCUGCAAAACCAACAUCUACCAGUGGUCUGCACCUGCACCACGGCCGACAUCCAAGCUGCGUUCAACACCAUCGUCUCCCGCAUACAGAGAUUUUGCAACUGUAACUCCCAGACGCCCAUUCCCAUAAAGAUCGCAGUGGCGGGAGCGCAGCACUAUCUCAGUGCCGUCCUGAGGCUUUUUGUGGACCACCUCUCCUCUAAGACCCCUGACUGGCUCGGCUACAUGAGGUUCCUCAUCAUCCCUCUAGGUGCACAUCCCGUCUCCAAAUAUCUGGGCACCAUCGACUAUCGAUACAAUAAUUUGUUCCAAGAUGCUGCUUGGAGGGACCUGUUUCACAAGCCGGAGGCUCCUGUUGUUGUCCAGGAGAGCCCAGACGUGGUUUCGAGGGUAACGCAGUACAUGGUGGGAGCUAACGGAGCUCACCAGCUUCCCAUCGCGGAGGCCAUGCUCACCUACAAGCAGAAGAGGAAAAAGAGCUUUCAUUUUGAUUUUGCAGUAAGCCCUGAUGAGGACUCGUGUCAGAAAUUCAUCCCUUUCAUCGGGAUGGUGAAAGUUGGACUUGUGGAGCAAACAUCUGCAACGUCAGGAGACUCUGAUGAUGCAGCACCUAUGGGCUCCUCGCUGCUCUCCUCCACUCCUCCACAAGUCUCGCCUGCACUCAAAGAGGCAUCGCCCACCCCGCCCUCCUCUCCCUCCGUCAACACGAGCUUCUGUGCUUACAGUUCUGGCGGUCAGGCGGAGCUGAUGGGGCUUCAGGUGGACUACUGGGUGGCUCCGACGGAAAGGAAGAAAGACGUGGAGAAGCGGGACUCCUCCUCCAAAAACACUCUGAAGUGCAAUUUCCGCUCGCUGCAGGUCAGCCGGCUGCCUCUGGGGGGCGCUGAGCCGAGCACCCAGCCCACCAUGUCCAUGACGGUGGUGACCAAGGAGAAGAAUAAAAAGGUCAUGUUCCUGCCAAAAAAGAGCAAAGACAAGGAGGUGGAGUCGAAGAGUCAAGUGAUCGAGGGCAUCAGCCGGCUCAUCUGCACUGCCAAGCACCAGCAGACCAUGCUGAGAGUGCUGAUUGACGGCGUUGAGUGGAACGAUGUCAAGUUUUUCCAGCUGGCGGCACAGUGGUCCUCACACGUCAAACACUUUCCAAUCGGGAUCUUUGGACACUCAAAAGGCCCUUACUAGCAGCACCUAAGAGACUGAACCACUGAGGACAGCUCUCCUCUCCCGUCCCGCCCCGACCCGUCCCUCUCCCUCGUGCCAACAGCUUUUAACCUCCUCCUCCCUGUUUUCUUCCAUGCACACGUCUAUUCUGCCGUCUUAAUUUAAGCUCCUGCUUUUCCCCUGUUGCAUUUGUCCGAUUAUUUAAUCUUUUGCGUGUUUUUUUAAUUUUCUAUUUAUGUAAAAACUUCUCAAGGCAAAGCUGCCGAGGGAAUAUUUCUUUACUCUGCUUUUUAAAAGAAAAAAAAAUCCUGCUGAUGUUUUUUAGACUUUUGAGAAAAAAAAAAAUCCUAAUUAUAUAAUAAUUAGACAGACUUCUAACCUUUAACAUACUAUAGUGCCCAGGUUUCACCCUUUGCCAUCGUUUUUAUUUGGUGAGGUUGGAUUUAAGCACUUGGCCAGCACAAUUAAUCAAGAAUAUAUUAAAAUAUACAAGAGCAGCUGCCUUGUAAUGAAGUGGAGGAGGUGAUUGGUCAUCUUAUUUUCUAACCAUGGCGAACAAGUUUUGGAUUCUCAACUUCAGUGACUGUUGUCGACUCCAGACUCGUCAUCUUAACCCUGAAGAAGAAAAAGAUAAAUGGCCCCCUGACCUUUGGCUCUCUGCACUCAAUGAAGAAAUCUUAUGUGCAAUAGACUGAAUACUGUGUGAAUGCAUUUCAGAAUAAUAACCUGGCACUGUUAGUAGAUGACACCUCGCUCUUAGUUGUGACUUUCACUUUAACCCCCCCCCCCCCCCCCCCCGUCCUCUUUUCUUUAAUUUCUCCUCCUGGUAACUUUGCUCGAGGUUUUGAAGAGUUUUUGCUCCAAAAUGAAGCAUAAAAUUAGAAGAUAAAAUCAAAACAAUCACUCUUACACAAUGAUUAAUAGCACAAAAUUAACUACUUUUUAGACAGGAGUACAAACAGAUAAAAGGAUAGGUUGACAUUUUGGGAAAAACCCUCAUUCACUUUCUUACUGAGAGUUGGAUGAUAAUAUCGAUGCCACUCUUGUUUCUGUACGUUAAAUAUGACACCGCCAACUUAAAAUUGUUAUAACAUGGCAGGUAGUCAAGUAGCAUUAAACCGAAUAUUGAAAUAUUGCAACAAUAAUCUGACUCAGAGCAUGUCUCGGAGCCAGGGAGAGCAGCAGGUGAGCCAACUGUCAAUCACAGCUGUCAAUCAACGCCCACACAGCAGACAUCAAAGCUACUAGAAGUCUCUAAAUCUUAAUAAGGGAGCAAUAAUUUCCACCAGCACACUUAUUAGAGGGCUUGAAUUUAUCAGUUGAGACCAUAAAGAGUAAUUGAAAAAAUAAUUAACUUAGUAUUUCUAGAGAGAAGUCGGCGCUUUUUGAACCGGAGUCUAUUGGAUCCAGCAUCUAGCGGCCGUCAAAUUGCACUUUAAGUUACUUCCACAUUGACUUCAGACUUCAGACUUGUCAUUUUUACACUUUGGUUUUUGUACAGUUUAAACAAACUAAGACGUAAUAUGUUAAUCAGUGAGCUUUAGAGGUGCUGGUAGGCAGAUUUUGUUGCUUUUAGACAGAGUCAUGCUAAUGCUAACUGUCUUUACACUUGGCUAAACUGAUCAGGUGCUAGUUGUAGCUUCAUAUUUAACAGGCAGAUAUAAAAGUGAUGUCAAUCUUCUCAUGUUACUCUACAGCAAGAAAGCGAACAAGCUUAUUUCCCAAAAUGUCAAACUAAUCCUUUAAGUUUGGUUUAUAAAAAGAAAGUAAUUUUACAGAGUGCUACCUCUGUAUGAAGCAACGAUGAGCUUGUUGAAGUUUUAUCCUAAAAUGUUUAUUUUGGACUGAACUCAUCUUCCUCAAGCGCCACACUCCUCUGACGCACUCCAUAUCUUUUGCAAAAAGCAAAUGUUACUUUUGCCAAAGGAAAUGCUCAUCAACUGCAGCUCACUCAUUACCUGUGUGGUAUUAUAGAUGACUUCAUAAUGUAGAGGUGAAUGUAUUGAAGGUACCUUAAUGUAAAGCACUUUUAAAUGUUUGUCCUUUAUAGAUUAGUAUGUUAAACUUGGUCCCGGGGGAACCUGCAGGUACGACAAAGACGGAAACUAUCUGUCAUGUAUCUGAGCUGACCGACAGCACAAACAGCGGUGACGUGGCAUAGUUCAUAUGCAAAGUAAACCAAUGCACCUGCAUCUCCUCAGUGCUGCGUGAUAUCACUUUAUGCUCGGUGUGAGGCCUCGUUUUAGUUUUUAGUUUAAUAUUCUGUACGGUUAGCCUAGAAUGUGUUAUGUGAUGUUAACAUUUCAAAAAAAUGUUCUGUCAGUAGAUUUUGCUCCAUCUUUCUGUUGACUAUUACGCAUAAAACGAAAAAGUAUUUUGCUUAAAUAUUUCUUUUAAGUAGCAGUUUCAUCAUAACCUUUGCCAAUGUCUUGAUAAGUGCCUAAAUUUGCUUAAUUUUGACAAAUCAAUAUAAAUAAAUGUCCCAGCUAACAUGGUGCUGAUUCUGGUCUGACAACAACAAAAUAUCUCAAUACAGUGCUUUGAUAUUGCAUCAUAUAAACACAAGCAGUCAAGCCUGUUUAUUCAUACUUUGCUAAAAUAAAAAAAAGGGCCCUGCACAUCAUGGGAGGGAGGGAAGAUCACACUCUGGCUGUCUGGCUCUCAAACAAGGGUUUGAAAUAAUUAAAGGAACACUACAGCCCGUUCAUGUUGAGCAUACACUUGUUUCUCUGUAUAGAAGAUGUUUUAGAUGUUAUGUUUUUUCAUGUUGUCUCGGAAAAAAGGCUUGUUGAAACCGAAAGUUCCCCUAAAGACUACCACUGUAAUCCCAAACACUGGGAGUAAUAAAACUACUAU